AUGGCCUCACUAUUACGCAAGAUCGGCAACGUCGUUGGAUAUACUUCCGAAGAAGACGCCGUCGACAUUGACCAGAUCCCACCAUCCGAUUGCAUCGUUGAAGGCGAUUGUGCAGCAUGCCCGGCACCUUGUGACGAUCACAAGCAAUAUCCAUCAUAUCUUCAAUUCGACAGAGACACACCACUGCUGGGGUCUAUGAAACCCUAUGGUCGUCAGGUUAUGAUCAGCACGGGCAAGGUGGACUGGGCAGAGAAGAUCGAGGAGGACGAAGGGUCAUUGGCAGCCAAGUUGAGCGCAGUCAUCAAGGAGCAAUACGACGGAAAAGCAGGCCGGAUCUUCAUCACCAACACGUCCAAACUCACACAGCAAUCCACCAUCGAGGAUGCUCACGACGUAAUUAUUCUGCCUGAAAAUAUCAUUGUCACCAACGUCACCCCGGAUCGCGCCCAGGCCUUUUUUGAUCAAUUCCUCAACACGCCCAUUCCAUCUUUUACCCAGCAGGAGAAAGACGAUACGAAGGGCAACGGUCAUCCAAAUGGAUAUGCAAACGGUCAUGAUACCACUAACGGCCAUCCCAACGGCCAUUCGAACGGACAUGUCAAUGGCCAUAGCACGAACGGUCAUAGCAGCGGAUAUGCCAACGGACACUCAAAUGGGCAUCUUGAUAGCAACGGUCAUACUACCAACGGCGAUAACGCGUCUGGCAAUAUGCAAAUUAUCAAGAACACGCAUAAAUCCAUGAUCUUGAUCUGCUCGCACAAGAAGCGUGACAAGCGAUGCGGCAUUACGGCACCCAUCCUCGGAGCCGAAUUCGACAACGUGUUACGAGAAAAGGACAUUUCCGAGGACGAAGCGGGCAUUUAUAUGGUUAGCCAUGUUGGAGGUCACAAGUUUGCAGGAAAUGUAAUCUGUUACAUACACGAAGGCCGGACAGGCAUAUGGUAUGGACGUGUGAACACUUGUCAUUGCCGGGCCAUCAUUGAGGAGACCAUCUGUGACGGAAAGGUCAUCAAGGAUCUGUAUCGGGGAGCCAUGUCGCAUAGUUUUGGUCAAAUAAAAUCUGAUAGACUACGCUGGUAA